AUGUGCGCCGUCCAGGGGUCUGCGGUCUCCGCCAUUGGUGGGGCACCGAUGCUGCUGCUUCUGCUCUGCUGUGGAGUCGUCGUCGUCGGUGUGGCAGCCACCGAAGACGUGCCCGGACCCUCUGAAGUAACAUCGUGCACGAGAAUUAUGGACGGCUGCUUCGAGGAAGAUUGUCAUAUAACUGUGCCCUGUAUCCACGGUGCCUGCGACGGUCAGGGUCGCUGCACGUGCCAGCCCUGCUGGGAAGGAGAUUCUUGCGAUGAGUUCGUCGACCUGUUCCCGCCGUCCUUCCCCAGCCGCUCUGACGUGGUCGGCGUGAGCGAGCCCGGGUCUUCCCGGCCCGUGUACCAGGCCCGAGCCCUCGACCGGGACCUCGAGACCACGUGCGACGGCCGCGAGCCCUGCGACUGCGCUCAGAUACGCUACGCCGUCGUUUCCGGAAACCACUACGCGCUGUUCUCGGUGGACAACGUGACAGGACGCGUCGUGCUCGAUGAUCCCGACCAUCUGAUUGAAGGGGUCUCCUUCCCGGUUACCCUUGGUGCCUGGAGCCCCGAAGCCUUUGAGAACGGCACAGAGCCAGACUCUACAACUCAGGUGACCUUCUACUUAGACUCUGCAGAGCAGCACGACGACCAUGGUCAAGUGAUCACUGCAGAUGACAUCAGAGCUGGUCGUCGGUACAAUCGUACCAAACGGGAGGCUCCGCCGGCGUCGACAGACUCGGAGAAUUACAAGACGGAUUUCAAGCUGACCAUUGUGAGCGGAGAUCCGAGCUCCAUGGAGCUCGGUCGAGUCCUCGAGUACGAGCUCACCAUCACGGUGCCUCCGACCGAGAGACUGGACCUUCUGGUGGACAUGUUCACCAAGGACGUGAUCGCUGAGAACUACGUUCCUCCGCUGGCCAUCUUCAACGUCAAGACCGAGCUGCCGCCCGAGAUGACCUUCAGCGUGGGCGAGCCUGUGCCGAAAAUGAUGCUCAGCGACGGGGUCAAGAAUGUCUACGACCGCGUGGUCAUCGAGUUCGGCAACAUCGUCAACCCGGACACGAGCCGCGUCAUUCUGGUCCGGUUUUCCGUGACCGCAGUCCGGACUCGAUCGAGCUCCAAGACCCACUACGUGACCGUCGGCGCCGAGUUCGACUUCGAGACUUACGUCUGGGUCGGGCAGACCGAAGUCACCAUCUCGCCGCCCAAGGCAAACGAAGACGAGAAAAAGCUGGAGGUGGACGUUAUCGGUCCGGGAGAGAUUGCCCUCGACAGUGCUGGUGUCUUCACAAUGGACAUGUUCCUGAAACUUCGCUCCGACAAGGUCACCGUGUCUCUCAUCGGCCCCACAGACCUGGAGGACGUGAUCGCCGUAGGGAACCUGGGAGUGUCCAGCUUCGGCGAUAACUACCGUGCCGUGCCCAAUGAUGUGUACCACUACAAGGGCGUCCUCACCGCAUCAGCUACCAAAAAUACCUUCACCGCGGCCAACAUGGACAUGGGCCUCAUCACCAGCACAGGCUCUAUAUACCAAAAGCCAAGGAACGACGACAACAAAAUCAGCUUCACCUAUGCUCUUUUUGCCCUCAACAAGCCGGAGUACAUCGGAGAAACUAAAUCGUACACCAUUCAGAUCAGCGUGGCGAACAAGGUCUUAUACAAGGAGACGCACUACGUGAACCUGACGGCGAGCAAUCCAGACGAGCCGACCAACAACGUGGAAGACGUGCAGUCAAUGACCGACCUGUCCAAGGCGACGGUGGGCAGCCUGCUCAAGUACACGGUGCACCUGAACGUGACCCCCGGCGGCUUCACGGCCAUCCGGCUCAUGUCCGAGAUGGACCCGGAGAACCCCGCCCAGCUCUGCUCGGCUCGCUUUGACCUGGAGGCGAGCGGCUUCAACCUGCCCUGGGUGAACAUCUCUUCGGCCGAGGCGGUCGUCGAGGACGGCUACUACGUCGUCGACCUCGGGAGGGUCUUCGUCUCGCAGCAGCGCCAACCGGGCAUCGGCAUGGACAACACUCUGGUCCUGGAAGUCUUCGUGUAUCUGGACUUCACCGUGGAAGCAAACAUGAAGGAAGGCAACCUGUUUCCCGUCAAGCUCAAAGUGGGAAAGGGCGACGAAGGGCUUCUUGUGCCCUUUGAGGCUCUCACUCUCGAGCCCAAGCGCUACAUGUACAACCCGGACGUGAAGAUCCUCGAUGCUGUGGGCUGGCGGGAGCUCUACAUUGGCGGUUCCAUGGCUCUGGACGUGGUGCUCGCCAUGCCGCCCGGCGCCACGCACACCAACGUCACGCUCGAGGUGGCUGGACAGAACAACCCGACUCUGCCCGGCCUGCACAUCUGCCGGGCGAGGGUGUCGUUCGUGGGACGCGGCAUGCCUUGCAUGCAGUCGGUCCUGGACGCCAUCAACGUCGACGGCGUCUCCUAUGGUAAAAUCAACCCAGCCCGCAUGGACACCGACACCGCCCGUGUGAGCCUGGGCACCGUGUCGCACAUCCCCAAGUCCCUGGGCAAUGCCACCGAGAGCAAGAUUAUCGUUAAUUUUGUGGCCACCCUCCAAGACGACGCCGAGUUCGCCAACGGGGCUCCUUACGGCAUCUCGACCGUGCUCUCCAUCGCCUCCAAGAGCGUCUUCUCCGAGGAGAAGAAGUUCGUCGCCACCAGGGGACCCUCCAAGGACCUGCUCAGGAACAAUCCCAUCUACGCGUUCACCCUGCCGCUCUGGACCGAGCCCAUCGUGCCGGGCAUGGUGUCCGAGUUCGAGCUGGUCCUCAAGACGCCUCCGCGCACCAUGGGCCUCUACCUGGUCGAGGUGGCCACGGCCAGCUCCGACAUCAGCGUCUGCGUGCUCAAGGUCAAGUCGGUCGGGGACAGCCUGCCCUGCCUGGACCCCAGCACGCCGGCCACCUACACGCUCCACGAUGACCCCAACGACGGCAACAAACGGGCCUCGCUGGCCCUGCAGGCCCUCGGGAACGUCGGAACGUACCCGAUGAGAGCGGUGAAGGACCUGGACCCCAACACCGUGGUGUUCUCGGUGAUGAUCAAGGUGAAAGAGACGGCCACCAAGAACAAGGCCCUCAAGUGCCGCAUCUCAUACGGCUCCAAGGGAACUUUUGAAGAGAGCCUCAUCGUGCCCGUGGCCAGUUCGACGCCCAAGGCGGGAUCGCCAGAGAGCGCGCUUGCCCAGCCGCCCCGCCAGAUGCUCGUGGGACCGCACGAGUCCCAGCUGAGCAGCCUAGCUCCCGGAGCGAUGGCCCUGAUGACGCUGUUCCUGGAACUGGAGCCCUUCAGCGCGUCCGCGGUCAGCUUCGACCUGGCGCUGGACGACGGCGCCGCCUCCUUACAGGACUUCGAGUUGUGCGAGGAGGGCAUCUCUCACCUAGGCCAGAACUAUCCGUGCGCAAAGCCCAGCCAAUGGAGCAAGGCGCUCACGGAGGCUGGGCAAAGGACUUUCGGACACUACGACAUGCACUUGAUCUGUAACUCAUAUAUCGAGCGAAAGACUCCAGAAGAAAAUAUGUUGAGGUUCACGGUUCCCCUGCUCUUGAAGCGGGACUCCAACCUCGCCCCUGGCACCGAGAUAAGCCUAACCGCCACAGCGGUCGCUGGCGCCGACCAACGCAAGUCCACGACCACUCGAUUGCGUCUGGCCGACGUACCAGACCAAACCCUGGGGACGGGUGAGCCUCAGGUAAAAGAAGCCGGCUGGGGCCCCACCGACAUCAAGGUGCGACAGCGGUUAUGGAUCCCCUUCAACAUUACGCUGGCAAGGGGCACCAUGGCAGAAUUUCACGUGGAAGCCCGCGGCGCCGUGCACGAGAAGAGCGGCAUCGUGAACCUGCACGGACUCCGGGUCGAGGCCGUGGGGCGGAACAUCCCCUGCUGGCGCAGCAGGGCCCUCAACGUCAGCCUGUCCUCGUCCUUCGGCACCGUGCAGACCGACCGAGCCGCGGCGUCGCUCGGAUUCUUCUCCAACCCCGGGUACAGCCACGUGCGCGGCAAGCUACGGCCAGGAGACGACGACCUGGUGGUCGAGGUGCUGGCCGAGAUGACGGACCACCCGGUAGCCGACGACGGCAGCAAGCACCCGGUCACACUGCACGUGUCCGCCCUGGGCUGGAAGGCCACGGCCAGCCAGAUGCUACGAGUGGUGCGCACGGGCAAGGAGAGCCCGCGCAUCGACUUCCGGGUGCUACUCGACGACAGCCGCGUCUACGAGAGGCAGGAGCGCGUGUCUGUGUCCGCUUACCUGCGUCACUCGGACGACUCGAGCGCGGAGCCCAGCAAACUGGUGCUCCGACUGUUCCUGCCCUUCUUCAUCACCUUCGAGUCCCUCGUGGACGUGGUGUCCGUCAGCAAGUACCAGCCUCUCGUCACAAACUCCAGCACGGGGGUCGACAUUGUGUUCCCGACGCUCAUGUUCGCCGACCAAGUGGAGCUGAACCUGACGCUGGCCGUGGACCCCGAGAACAAGCGUGGCUACGGGAUGGGCGAGACGCUAGCCACGAUUCCCUACCGCGCCAUCUGCGACCAGAGCUCCCGGGGGUCGCAGAAGCAGGCCCAGGGCGCCGCCUGCGGCAACAUGAGCCACGUCCUCUUCACCGUCAACAGCAAUGAGUGUGUUUUCGAGCUUGGCCUGCAGAGCGGGAUCAUCGAAAACUGUCAGAUCACGGCAUCUUCAGCUGCGGACAGCUCGCACGCACCGUGGGAUGUCAGGAAAGGAGGACCUCGAGUGUGGUCCCCCGCUUUAAAAUCAAGCAUCCGACGUCCCCAUCUGGAUAUCAACUUCAUGCGAGUGACUAGGGUGUCUCAGGUGGAAGUACUUUACGUACCAGGAUCCAGGAGGGUUUCCCACUACAGCCUUUUGUACAGCGACAACGGAAAAGAUUGGUACAAGCAUGGAGGAGUGAGGACGCUCAACUACAAGAACAGCGUGGCCCUCGAUCGACUGGAGAAGACGAUUCAGGCGAGGCAGAUUCGCUUCGUCAUCGAAGGAGCCUCGGACGACCAGAUGGAAGAAGAGCUCCUCAUCGGAUUGCAGAUGGAACUCUAUGGUUGCUACAUCGAAGAACUGGACCAGGAGAAGGGAGUUACCUGCGAGGAAGACUCAACCUGGUACUCCCACGUCAAAUCCAAGAAAACUCGACACUUUGCUGUGGACACUACCAGCAACAUUGUCUAUUUCUGCGACUUCCAUGGAAGCACAGAUAAUUUGGCCUGCUUCUCCUCCAUCGACGGUGGCAAAACCUGGUCAAUCCUCGACCCGUUCGUGAACUACCUGCUCGGGUUCGACCCGGAGUCCGGUCGGAUGCUGGCGUGCGACUCGUCAGGCGACUCGUUCCUGGGCAGCAGCGACGGCGUCCACUGGGCCCUGGUGCCCGGACGGGCCGCCAACGGAUCCCUGGCGAGGGCCACCUUCGUGCCCAGCCUCACCGUGCCCGCCAUGACCCGCUCGGACAUCCUCUCCAAGGAUUUGAUCAUCGGCGACUGGAAAGCCACGUACGACGGACUCGUGUACAAGGACGGAGAGGCGCCUGCAGCAAUCUGGAAAGGCUGUUGCCUCGGCUAGUCUCGUCCUCACGCGCAGCACCUGUUCAAGAAAAGGCACCAGACUCAA